CAAUUUCGGUUCGACUGUUGUCAAUUAUAUCAACAGUUUAGAGAUUCUGUCGCAAAUAAUUCGAAAAUUAAAUGGCUUUUCUAUCCACAAAAAUGGACAAAAAUGUUCCUGUCAUAAAAGGAAUCCAAGUGGUGUAUACAAGUUCAAGCAGCAAGAAGCCCCCAAAUGCCAUCGCAGAAAUGUACGGAAUGAGUGCUGAUAUUAAUAGUGGGUUUGGUGGUGACUAUGUAUGGCUGGUACCAAUUUGGACGACUAAUAUGACGGAAGGAGUCACAAAAAUUCGAUCCGUCGUUCAGAUGUCAUGGAACAGUGCAUACUCAGAUUUGGCUGCAGGAUCUGGUGGAGACUAUCGCUACCUAAAGAUGGAAAAAGAGAUCGGAUCGAGUAAAAGAAUUAAGAGUGUGGGUCUGUUGCGUAGUUCAAAACACAUAAAAGACAUACGUGAAUUUGGAUGGGAUGAACGCACAUCUGAUAUUAAUGAGAAUCGUGGAGGUAACUAUUUGUAUUUGUGUUGGAAGUAUCUGUAGUUUACACUCGCGAAAGUAUGUGCGAUA